AUGAAUGCAUACAACACUGAAGGGAGAUACUUGUUAAUAAUAUACGAAAAGGUAUUUAAAAUAAUCUACAUAAAGAAUUUAAAAGACAGCAAAAAUGAUAAGGUCAAAGUGCCAUCCCUAUUCAUUUUCCGCGAUAGUGGAAAGUGUACUGAGAAAUUAAUAAAUAAAGAUAAAAUCAGGAAGAAGAGCAAAAAAUUUGGAAAUAUUAUAAGUGAAUUAAUCAUAGAUAAUAUAAUUGGAACUAUUGAAAUUCUAGAUGAGUUAUUUUUGUUCGUAGUGGACAAAUGGAAACUACUGUGCAAAUUUUUUUACUUAAAUAAGUAUAGAAGUAUAUAUAAGAUAGAGAAGGUACAUUAUAUCCCUUACAAUAUUAAUAUAGUUUCUUUGAAUACAAUAAUUAGCAAUGCGCUGAACAUUGAUGACAACUCCAAUAAUUACUUUAUCAACCACUUGGUCAACCAUGAAGAUAUAGGAAAAGAUUUUGAGGUCAUAAAUAAUAGCAGUCACAGUACAGCGGUAGCAAAGCGGGUCACGAGUCCUAGUGACCAACGGAGUAGAAGCGGAAACCGUAGUGAUAAUCGUAGCGGCAAGCAUGGUGACAAGGCGGGAAGCUCCCAGCAGAAUGGGAACUCCAAUGAUCCCUCCUACGAGCCAUACAGCUCAGACAAUAUAAUUGAGAAGAACUACAAAAUGGACGAGGAGAAUAUGUAUAGCAAACAUUUUGCAAAUACAAGUAGCAAGUUUGGUGGAGACAGAUCUACGAGCACAGGUAACAAAUUUGGAACUGAAUUCGAAAUGGAGGUUGAACCCAUGAGUCAUAGAACCCAUGGAAGUGGCAACUACAACAAGAAAGAAGAGAAAAAUAAGAAGAUCCUCAAUUUUAAUACUGCGAAAAGAUGGCUGACUAACCAAUUCAAUCAUAAAAAUCUUUUGAAUAUCAUUUCGGACAUAACGAAUUAUGACGCUCGGGGUCUUGGCGCUUCUGCCGACAACAUGGGAGCUGCUAGGAGCAGCCACACCCACAGGGGAAUGCAGCGGAACGAGGAAGAAAUCAUGAACACCAAUUCUUCAACGAUGGAUGACAAUGAAUUUAUGAUGCAAGUGCUAAACGAUAAGGACAAGUGCUCUCGGCAGGAGAAUGGAGGCAUGUCUAACAAGAUAACCAAUAGUGAGCAUAACUCCAGAGGUCGAGGCGCUGGGGAAAAGAAAAAUGGCAGUAGUACGUACGAUGCCAAUAGUAAUGAUGGUAACGUACGUAGGACAGAAAUACACGCGUCUUAUGCGAAUAAGGAAGAUGCUCACGUGAAGAAACUCAUUGAUUCUCCAAAGAUAAACAUUAACUUGAUUGAUGACUUGUUUACGGAUAGGAAGGACUGUGGGGAAUCGACAGUCGGUAGAGAUCAAAUGGGUAUACAAGGGAAGGGGUUAAACGACUUACUGCUUGAUGGUAGGAAAGAGUCAUGUCAAAUCGGAGGAAAGAAUGACCAGAAUAAUUUUCUAAACAUUGGGGAGAAUAAGAGGAGGUCUAGUUUGUGCCCACCUGGAGUAAGUCUGCCUAGUGACAAAGGGGAUAUAGUAGGUACAAAAGCAGCAGUUGGAGAUGUGCCCACUAGCGGGAACAACGAUAAUUACUACCACAGUUUGAUGAGCAUUUAUAAUGAUGAAAAGAAGGGCGCAGGGAGAUCAAGGAACGGAAGCACUAGUAGUAAAGUUGACGAUGAUAAGGGCGUACCAAUCGAUAGGGGAAAUAACGCGGUAAUGUAUUCUUCAAAAAAUGCAAAAGGAAAAAACAAGGGGGACCUGAAGGACCUCAUUAACAACUCCUACUUCAACGUAGGGAACAACCUUGUUGUGAUGGAUAAUAGCGAACAUAGUGAGAAGAGGAACUCCUACCCCCUGAGUUUCAAAAAUGCAAAUGACCAAAGUGUCAAAACGGAUGAAAAAAAAAUGAAUAUAAAAAUGGACAUGCACAAAAUGUUAAAAAUGAUACAGAAAAUUCUGACAAUCCAUAUGUACUACUCGUAUGACUAUGACUUAACGCAGUGUAUUCAGAAAAAAACGAAAAAGAAUAUCGAAGAGGUAGAUGUAGAACCCAUGUUUUCUUCAUCGCCAAUUCAUAGGAAAAGAUCCUUCCUACAUGUGAGCGAAAAAAAUUUCAUGUGGAAUUAUCAAAUGAUUAAAAAAAUCAAGUCUAAAUGCAAAAUUGAUGACAAUUGGUUUUGCUCAGUAAUUCAGGGCUACAUUUCUUACACUUCUAUUGAGAUAAAUAGGAAGUGUUUAGAGCUGCUUCUCAUAAGUCGUCGCUCCUCCGUCUUGGGAGGGACACGAUUUAAUAAGAGGGGCAUCAAUGAUGAUGGGUAUGUGGCUAACUAUGUAGAGACAGAGCAAAUUGUAAGAAUUAACAAUAGGAACGUUACCUAUAUGAAUCGAUUUGACAAGGCUAACAUGGCUCUAGAUAAUGUGAAGAAGCAUAAAGGGAGUGAGAGAAGAGGCUCAUCCGUUGGUCCCGAUUUUGGAACCCCUAACAGGAACGAUGUGAACAAUUUGAGGGAGGCACAAGAUAGCUCUGUGGGAGUAGGUGCUGCCCCCAAAGUGAUGCCGCAUAGAGCGAGUGCGCCAAGUAGUAGUGGACAGAAUAUACAUGAGGGAGAGUCGGACUCGUUGGGGAAAAUGUCCUAUCCGCUGGAGGAAGAGAAGGCGACAGGUGAAGGAACUGUCGAGGCGAGUGUUAAUAAGGAAAAGGUUGCCGCCGGGGAGAGUGGCGCAGCCAACCAGGGGUGCGUCAAUAGUGACAGCAAUUUUGAGAACAGAAUAAUUUCCCUAGUCCAAAUAAGAGGAUCGAUUCCUCUCUUCUGGAAGCAGCAUUCCAUGUCAUCGCAUGUAAAUAUACAGCGGUCUUCACUGCUAAGUAUCAAGGCCUUCAAGGAGCACAACAAAAAGUUGAUCACAAAUUAUGGCAACAAUAUUUACUAUAUAAAUCUUCUUAGCCAAAGCAAAAACAAUGAAAAGAAAUUGACGAAAAAAAUGAUCGAGCUGAUUAAUUAUAUAAAGAAGGAUAAGCAGUACAAAGAGAAAAAUUUUAUUAAUUACAUCGAGUAUGAUUUUCACAUUUCUGUAAAGAACAAAAGUUUCGAAGAUGCCAUGAACGAUUUUAUUAAUAAAGUUCUAUUGAACGAGAUAAAGAAUGUAUCCUUUUUUAUGGAAAAGUCGAAUAGUGUGGUUGAGGGGGGUACCAAUACAAACAGCAGUAGUAGCAAUAAUGUUGGGGAAAAUGACACUUGCGUUUUUCAAAACGGAGUGUUUAGAACGAAUUGUCUUGAUUGUCUAGACAGGACCAACGUCUUCCAGUACUACUAUACAUUGUUCUUCAUCCUAUAUGUUUUGCAUGUAUCAAAAAAUGACAUUUUUUUAAAGCCAGUGAAGAAACCACACCUGUGUUUUUACAAGAAUUUCAAUACACUUUUUAAUAGCAAGAGCGUCACCAUAGUGACUACCCUCCCGUUGGAGAGCUACCUGCUGGAACAUUCUGAUAAGCCAGGUAUUAAUAAGCAUUACGAUUACAGCAAGGGGAGCAGCAACAGUAGCGAUAGUUUGUUUGAGGAUUACUGCUAUGUGAAUGAGGGGAGAUCCCCUCGCAAUGAGGAGGGCGCAAAUGAUGUGAGUAGCGUAAACAAUACGGGCAGCGUAAACAAUACGAGCAGUGUCAACAAUACGAGUAGCGUCAAUAAUGAGAGCAGCAUGAACAACGCUAGCAGUGUUAAAAAUGGAGAAAGCAACGUCCAUAACGGUAGCAAUGUGAACAGCGGCGGCGGUAAGAGGGAAUGUCUCACGAGCGAAAUCAUGAACAGAAUGGAAAAGGAGGAAAAGAAGCAUAGAAUGUCUUACAGCAAUUAUGAGAGGGAAGACGAAAGGAAGUUUAGCAGUCGACAGGAACAGCCCUAUGAAUACGUACAUAUUUUAAAACAUUUCUUUAAAAAAAUGUGGGUAGAAAAUGGAGAUAUUAUUAGUACCCAUUAUACUGGAACAGGCAGCGUGUUUUCUUCACAAAUAAACGUAGGAAGGUCUUCCCUAAGCACAAACAUUGAUCAUGCGAUUAAAUCUAUUGAGAGAUUUUAUCAAAAUAAUUUUGAAGAUAAUUUCAGACAAGAGUGCAUUGAUAUUAUUUUGUGCACAGGGAAAUAUAGCAAAAGCAAGAGAAGAAAUUUUAUAGGGGCCGAUUUUAAUUACUUUUUAAAUUACGGCAAUUUUAUGAAUAAGGAGAACUUCCUCGGUUUACGGGGCAGAAAUAUGGGCCUCUCGAUUCCAUACCUACCAUAUGGAAGGAAUGCGCAGAUGAGCAGUGUGCAUCCGAGUGAGGGCCAGAUCCAAACCGAGAGGGGUAUCUCGAAGGAGAAUCAACAAAGGGUAAGAAGCAAACAUAAGGCACUCGAGUGGAAUACUAAUAGCAGUGAUUCGAGUGAUAAUGAUGUUGAAAAUAGUAGUAGCCUGCUUGAAGAGGAACAAGACGAAGACGAAGAGCCCUUAUCGAGGGAAAGAAGCAAGCAGGGCACAAUUGGAGGGCCCAGCAAAAGUAUGGAGACGAAGAAGGUAGCAAGAAGGAAUGGUAAGGAGACACAUUCAGAGGUAGAUUAUCCUCCAAAUAAAGGUGUAAAUUUUGAGGAUGACAAGGUGAAGGACGAUGAAGAGGAGUCGGAAGAUCAACAGGAGCACGCACACCAAUCACCUCACGCGAAGGAAUCACGUAAAAUGCUCAAAUCGAUGAAGCGAACCAAGAUGAAGAAGACGAAGAAGGUGCAUUUGGAGGAGAGCGAAAAUAAGGAAGUUGUCCAUCCGAGGAGGGAAAAAUCGUAUGGGAAAUGCACCUCCAUGAGGGACAAAUACUCACGAACAAAUGUGAAUAAUGAAAGCAGCGAAGAGAACACACUAAACAGCAACAGUAGUAGUUACAGCAGUGGUAGCAGAAGUGGAAGCGACAGUAGCAUUUCAGACAGUAACUUCCAGAAAAAGAGGAAGAAGAAAAAAAAAAGAAAAAAUGUAAAUAAAAAGGGCAAAGAAAAAAAAAACAAAGGUGAUCUAGUGUACAUGAAAAAUCUGUAUAAGAAAAAAAAUUAUAUAUACAACGUGAGGAAUAGAAACAAGUACAGUGAUUAUCUAAGUCAUGAUCUUAUAAAUCAUUACUACGUGGAUUAUGAUGAAUCUAAAAUGGGCAGUUCGCAUAGGAAAAAGAAAAAAAUGACCAAUAAUGAUUAUGAAGAAAAAAUUGUAAAACUGUGGGCAGGCACAUGGAACCUAUGUGGAAAUGACCUGUACGAACUAAAUGACAUUUCUUCCUGGCUGAAUCAGAUCAACGAGUGCAUUGACAUGUAUGUGUUUUGCUUCCAAGAGGUGGUCGAGUUGACGGGAUUUAGAAUUUUGAUGAACAUGAAAGACAAGUUCAAGGAGAAGAAGAUCGAGCAGAAAAUUAUCCAAUCCCUGGCAGAAAUGUCGCAGAGACAAAAAGAAAUGUAUAUUAGGAGUAAAAUUGGAACUAGCGAGUACUUUGCAAAUGGUUCCAUGAAUGGUGAAAAGGAGGGACACAAGGGUGUCACCAGCCAGUCCGUCAACACGCCUCACCAUACGUAUGAUAACCACACCGGAGUCAACAAGGACGGGACGAAUAAGGACGACUACUACGAAAAUUGUUUCAAUUGUUUUAACGAUUCGUACAUGGGCGAGGGCGCGUCCUCCGUGGGGAACGCUGGCAAUGAUGCUAAUGCUUCGAACGCUGGAAGUUCGACCCAGAAGGAAGAGAGAAGAAGUAUCGAUCAGAAUGGCAUCCUUGACAUUUCGAAGAGUUGCUUCCUGAACAAUUACUUUAACAGCUUGGAGGUGGAUCAAGGGCAAGCUCAACCUCGUUUUUCUGUUUCAUCGGCUUCGCCUAACUCCCAGGAUGAACAGAGCAAGUUGCUCAAUAUGGACAUGCUCAACAUGAACAUGAUGACCCCCGAGGAUCCCCUCAGUAGGAACCCCCCAACGAACGCGCAGCAAAGAAAACAAAGUAGUAAUGUGCUAAAUGUUUUGGAGGAUCGGGAUAACAAGGGUGGCAAACUUCUAGGGGAGAACAUGAUAAAAAGCAAUGACACAAAUAUUAGUUCCAAUAUAAAUGAGCUCUUUGAAAGUAGCCCUAUAAGUAGUUCUAAUAGGAAGGAAAACAAUGUUGUGUGUAGCAGCAGAGACGUCUUCAACUUGGUCGAUAAUACAUACGGUGUAAAUAAUCACUUGGGGGGAAGUUACCCCAGUGGAAAUGGAACCGGGUGCAAUUCGAACGAUGUGAGUGUGAACAUUAAAGGACACAGUGAAGAGGGUAAACAGUAUCGAGUGGAAGGAAACAAACAGAGUCAUAUGAAGCAGACGGGCCAGAAAAUGCAGGACGAUGAUAUGUAUGGCCAAUCUCAAAAUCGGAAGAGAGCGGACACGAAUAACGUUCACAUUUCUACCAUGCAAGAUGUUUUUCAAGACAGCACACAUAGAGGCUCUGUAAAUUUGAUACAAUUGGGGGGAGACGACAUGGAUGGUUCUGUUAAUGGAAAAAAGGGUGCGAAGACGCAUAGCCACGUGGAAGGAAUGAGCACACAGAGGACUCGGACCUCGGAUGAAUUUCCUGGCAGGGAUUGUAAACGUGGUGAAGAACAAAUACCUUUUAAAAGUAACGACGUUUUUUUGAAGAACGAAUCAAAUAAGUACUUUUUAAAUUUGAAAAAAUUUAAGUAUGUGAAGCUGAAGUCUGUAUCCAUGAUAGGACUUUUCAUCAUCAUUUUUAUUGAUGAGGGGUUAGUGGACUACAUAAGAGAAAUUGAGGUGUGCAAAGUAAAGGUCGGAAUGAAGGGCAACACGGGUAACAAGGGAAGCGUGUCGAUAAAAUUUCGGCUAGGGUUUAACUCCUUCUGUUUUAAUAAUAUCCAUUUGGCAUCAGGCCAAACGAACAUCUUCGAAAGGAAUAAUCAAAUGCAAAGCAUUUUGAGCAACAGCUUCCAGAACCAAGAAUUGAAUAAUCUCUUUAACUUUGAUUAUUUCUUCGCAUGUGGGGACUUCAAUUUUAGGAUCAACAAAAGUCAUGAGGAGGUUUUCAAAUCGAUUGCGAAUAAGAAUGCCAACCAGUUGCUGCACUAUGACCAGUUCAUUUACAACAAGCUGUAUAACAUUCUUCCGUUUUGCCUUUUCUACGAACACCCCAUCAUGUUCAACCCCACGUACAAGUACAAGAAGAACUCCAACAUGUAUGACGUCCGCCGGACCCCCGCCUGGUGCGAUCGCAUACUGGUGAGCGGGAAGCUAAUACACCUGUCGGAGCUGGAGAAGAAGCGGAAGGAGUACAUGACACGGGAGUUCCAAUCAGAGAAGGACGAUGUGAACAACAGCAACAGGGGCCAGCUGAAGAACAGUCAAGGGGAAAAACAACUGGCUAGCAACAAUCCACAGGGUGAUGACCCGAAUGAUUUUUACUAUAACGAUAGAAUAUAUUUUAAAUACUUAAAUUACAAGACACACAACAAUUUUUUCUCAAGUGACCACAAACCGGUUAGUGCAAUUAUAGAGUUAAAAGUUUUUUUCGACAAGAAGGAUAUCGAAUAUAAACUUUUUAACUCGUACAGUAUGAAAACGAAUGAUGACUUUAACAGUUUUGCAAAAAAUUCUAGCAACACGAGCAACAGUAGUAAUAAUAAGAACAGCAAUUUGCUGGACUAUUUUUUCCCCAAUAACUAUGGGUUAAGCAAAUACACGGCCUACCCCAUCUCGCAAAUUUUGAAUUACUCAAAUAAUGUGAAUAGCAAGUUUAAAAAUGAAAUGCAUGACCAUACGUUUCGUGAGGAUGCGAUGAAGAAUGUGGAACGACUGGACGAUUUUUCCUGCGCCAAGUGA